GUGAAAGAGACCUCAAGGAGGGGCGACCGCCGAAACCUCCGAGGAUCUGCCGAGCCCACUCAAAUGAAAGGCCAUUGAUGUGAACCAUGCACCGAGGGCUGACAUUCACGCCACAAAAUAGGGAAACUUACCGGUCCAUCGUAGUCGAGAACGUAAAGGAGAUAACUCAGCGUGCUGAUCCCAUCCCCCUCAAAGGGCUGAGCACCCGAGGUCGUUGGAGACAGACUGAAUAAAAACCGGUGAAACCGUCCCCCAGGCCAUCCUUGGGUUUAUAAAAGGCCUCGUCAUUCCAAUCGACAACGUGAGUGGGCAGCUUGGCUCAAUACCACACAAGUUUGCGUAGUUGAAGCCAGCUGGAACGAAACUUCUCUCGUUAUCGCAGCCAGUUCAGAAGACUCAGAGCAUCUGGAAUUUGGCAUUGCACUACGUCAACGUUCAGGCGUUUCAGGGCCUCAGUCAUCUUUUUACCGCAACGCUAUCCAUUCAGAAUCAGCCAUGGGAACCGCCGUCGAAUCCAACGCUCCAGUCUCGCUGUUUAACGGCGACGCCGAUAACGACGAGCCGCGUCAGUUGUCAAAGUCCGUACGAGGAAGCCAGGCCCUCGUCAACAUCAGCGAUGCGGAUCGAAGAAACAAGUUCCUCAGUGAGGCUGUGUUGCGCGAUCGUAAUGUGAAGGAACAGAAGCUGCUCGCUCAGAGGCGCUUAGUUCACUUCCAAGAGGAAGAAACCAACAUCUUCGAGGCCAACCUCAAAGAAGCUCGGCAACUCUACGAAUCCCAGCUCGUCGAGCAGCGCCUCGUAGAAUGGCGUCAGCGGUCUUCCGCCGACGACAUGCUGAAGGAUGAAGAGCGCAAAAGCGACCUCGUCAAACUGGUUGUCAAGAUGGGCGCCCUCAAAAUCAAGCUCAACUUGCAAGACGAAGCUCGUGGGCGCGAGAUUGCUUUCCGCGAGAAGGUGAAGCUCAAGCGGGAUGCUCACUCGCUUCGCGUGAAGAAGAUGGAGGAAAGACAGAAAAAGGAGCGUGAAGAGCUUCUUACUACGCAGGGUCGUAUUGCCAGGAAUGCAAAACUGGUCCAAGCUCUCGAAGUCCGCGGUAUGGACGAGAUGCAAAAGCGCAAGUAUCUCCGCGAGUACGAGAUCCAAUCGCAGCAGCUUGCGAUGAAGCAACAGAAGGAGGCAGAACAACUUCGUGAAAUCCAGCUGCUGAAGAUCCGGCACAUCUCAGAGGUCGUGCAGAUGGAGAUGGAGAAUAUGACAGAAAUCGAGGAUUUGCACGCGGACCAACGCUUACGGGAGCAAGAGCUCGAAGCCGAAAAUCGCACUCUGCUACAAGCGGAAGAGGACAAGCUUGACCGCCAGCAGGCCAAGCUCAAGGCGCUGCAGCUCAAGGAAGAACAGAAGAUCCAGCGCAAUGUCCUGAAACAGACGCAGCGCAAGCAGAGCAAGCUGCUCGACAGGCAACAGCGCUCCGGCGUGAAGAUGCGUGAAAAGUUGAUGAUGAGCGAGAACGCUGGUCUCCUUAGCGGCUCAGAUAACGGAGGCGAUGGAAGCGACAUCGACCCGUCCGAGACGGUCGACACAUCCUCUUACGGCGGUACCUCCGUCGCUUCGCGUUCGGAUUACGGCGGUGAGGAGAACGAAGAGGUAGACCCUGCCACUCGCGCCACCACCGAAUCUAACGCCGCGACGGAUGCUGAACUGCGACGCAAGCGUACCGCAACCAACGAUGCCGAAAAGGAGCUUCAAGAGGCUCUCGCCAAAGGAAGGGAGCGCGUGAGGCAAAUGUUCUUGCACCAGAAGAAGAUGGUGGACGAGCUCAAAACCUAUCACAAAGAAGUCCGCGACCAGAAGGCGCGUGAGCACAAACGAAAGAUGGCCGAGUUGAACAAGGACCAGGAGGACGAGCUCCGUCAAGUCAAGACUGAGCAGGCACAGGAGAUGGAAGAGCUGCUAGAGACCAUCGGCCACCAGGACCUGAUCGCCGCCCAGCAGUCGUCGUUCGACAAGCAGAUGGACACACUCGUCUCCAACCAGCUCCUGGGUAACAUGCUUCCCAAACAUGUGGCCGAAGAGUUGAAAGCGGGCCGUACACCUGAGCCCGCCUCCUUCGAGAACGUUGCACUUUUCUUCACGGACAUUUACGGGUUCAAAGAACUCGCUACGAAAUCCUCCCCUCGACAGAUCGUCGCGCUCCUCAACCGCAUGUACAUCGCCUUCGACGAAGUCAUUGGCAAGUACCCCGAUCUCUACAAAGUGGAGACUGUCAUGGACAGCUUCAUGGUGUGCUCCGGCCUGUCCGGAAACACCAAAAAGAGUAGGGAGGACUGCAUCCACGACGCCGAGGUGGCUGUGAACUGCGCGUUGGAGCUCCUCGCAGCGGUGCAGCACAUCGACAUGUCCGACCAGCUCGUCGACAAGGUCAACCUGCGCAUCGGCAUCCAGUGCGGACCGGUGCUUGCCGGUGUCAUUGGAACCAAGAUGCCGCAUUACUGCCUCUUCGGAGACACGGUGAACGUCGCGUCCCGCAUGUGCUCGACCAACGAACCGCUGAAACUGCAGGUUUCCGCUGCAAUGGCAGGUUACCUUGAAGGAAAAUACCAGAUUGAAGAUCGGGGGACAAUCCACGUGAAAGGAAAGGGGGAGAUGAAGACAUUUUGGGUCAGCGGAAAUGCAUGAGGGAGCUAGCCACCAUGACAAUUCCAACUGUUUCCGCAUGUCAUUCAGCCAGAUCAUUUUAUUCUUGUAAUGUACCUGAAAAUCAGAAGUUCAUAUUCAAAC